AUGCUCUUUUCUAGACAAUUCAAUUCAAAUAAUUAUGUCAAACAAUUUAUUUUAUGGAUUGUCUUAUUUAUCUGUGUCAUUCUUAUUGCUGGUCCACUUGCACUUCAUGUUUCGUCCGCAUUACCUACAGUAAAAACACGAAAUAUUCCACUUCAUCUAUUUAGUGAAGAACGUGCUCGUACUUAUUUUUCUAAUUUAACUUUAUAUGGAUCAAGAGUAAGUAAUACACGUGGUGAUUUUUACGCACGUAGUUUCCUUAUUUCACAAAUUGAACGUAUCAGUUCAAUCAGUAAAAGACAUCUUCAAAUUGAAUUUGAUCUUCAAAAUUUUACCGAUCGUCAACAUAAUCAAUUACAAAAUAUAGUCGUUCGCCUGUCAAAUCCAGCUACAAAAUCCAAAAAUGUGUCGUGUUUGUUGCUAACUGCCCAUUAUGAUUCAGUGGAAUUUAGUCUCGGAGGUAGUGACGAUGGUUCGGGUAUUGUUAUUUUACUUGAACUUCUCUCAAAUUUGGUCAAUGAUUUAACAUUAACAUUUUCUAAUGUUCAUCUUAUCGUUCUAUUCACAAGUGCUGAAGAAAUCAAUUCACAAGGUGCUAAAGAAUUUAUUAGCAAUCACAUUUGGCGUUCUGAUAUUCGUUAUUUUAUCAAUAUCGAUGCAACCACUUGCAAUGAAAAGGCUAGCCUAAAUCGAAUUAUACCAUCACAGCUUGUUGUCGACUAUAGUCGAGUUUCAAGACCACGUGCAAAUGUGAUUAUUGAGUAUAUUCACAAAUGGCUUAGAUUAAUGAGUGAUUAUGAUGUUUUUACUUUGAAUAAUUCUCUAUUAGGUUAUGAAUUUGGUUUUCUUCUCGAUGGUUACAAUUAUCAUACGUCACUUGAUCAUCCAUUAAUGAUAAAACAAGGUGUUCUUCAAGAUCUAGGUGAAAAUCUAGGUAUAUUAAUUCGUAAUAUACUUCUGGGAAAUAUUAAUCCUCAAAUGACAAAGAAUAUUAUCGAUACUGAUCCUUUUAUUUAUUUUGAUAUUCUUGGUCGAUACUUAAUUGUGUAUAGAAUGUCUACAUCAGUAAUUAUUGAACAAAUUCUAAUAAUAUUAGUUCUAGUAAUCGGUAUAACUCUAAUUUUAUUCGAUCAUAUAUGGCAUCGAAAAAGAACUUUAACAUGUAUUGAUUCUCAUUGUAUCUAUUUACAUUUUAAAUAUCCAUUGAUUAUACGUAUUAUUUUAAUUA